AAAGUGUUCACGCCGUGAUUGCAAGUGUCUCAUCAUUGCCGGCCCAGCAGGCGAAGUAGAGAGAUGCCAUCUCAGGAUACAAGGCACUCGGGCAGGAGGAGCUUAAGCUAACCCUAACACGGAAUGUCGCCGCCCGGAGUUCGACGGGCAUGGCUGACUCAACGUUUCGUGAUUCCUGCGGGCAAAUCGCCAUCUAUAAACCCUUCCUCAGAUUGAUAUCCGCCCAGCCUUUCCACUCACGCAGUACAAAUUGCUUCGUUGGCAUUGAGUGGAGGACAAAGCCCGGAAUCAUGGCACUCACAGGAACGUCUGCGCGCCGACUACUUUGCGAAGCACGAUCAGUCUUGCUCGUCCCUCAGAAGCGAUCGUUCGAGCGGACGUUCGCCACUGCCGUCACCGAUCCACCACCACCUACGACGACAGCCAGUCAGGCACGACCUACAACGGCCUUCAGUGAUCGCCUCAAUGCUGGCCCAUCCUUUACCGAUUUCGUUUCUGGAAAGCCCAAAAGCGAGCCACUCUCCGAGAACGAUGCCUACGAGCUACAGACCGUUCAGAUCGGACCAGAAGGUCGCAAACGAUCGCACACUCGGCUUCCGCCAUGGCUCAAGACACCUAUUCCAAACAACGACAACUACAAGCGCAUCAAGAACGAUCUGAGAGGACUCAAUCUGCACACCGUCUGCGAAGAGGCGCGAUGUCCGAACAUCAGCGAUUGCUGGGGGGGCUCAAAUAAAUCGGCCGCCACCGCUACGAUCAUGCUUAUGGGUGACACUUGCACUCGAGGAUGCCGAUUUUGCAGUGUCAAGACAUCAAAUAAGCCACCACCACUCGACCCGCACGAACCCGAGAACACCGCAGAAGCGCUAAAGAGAUGGGGGUUGGGAUACGUCGUCUUGACGAGUGUCGAUCGCGACGACCUCGCGGAUGGUGGCAGCCGGCAUUUCGCAGAGACGAUCAUUAAGAUCAAGCAGAAAGCGCCGCAUAUACUUGUCGAGGCUCUGACUGGAGAUUACGCAGGCGACCUUGAUCAGGUAGCGCUGGUCGCGCGCAGUGGCCUGGAUGUUUAUGCGCACAACGUUGAGACCACAGAGGAGUUGACACCCAUGGUUCGCGAUCGCCGGGCAAAGUUCCGUCAGUCACUCGCAGUCCUCCGAGCAGCCAAAGCCGCGAAACCAACCCUCAUCACCAAAACCUCCAUUAUGCUCGGACUCGGCGAGACGGAGGAUCAAUUAUGGCGAACACUCAAGGAACUGCGCGCGGCGGAUGUGGAUGUUGUGACAUUCGGACAAUACAUGCGACCGACCAAGAGGCACAUGAAGGUUGAGGAGUACGUCACUCCGGCGACUUUCGAGAUGUGGAGACAGCGAGCUCUGGACAUGGGCUUCUUGUACUGUGCGUCAGGCCCGCUGGUGAGGAGCAGUUACAAGGCCGGAGAAGCGUUCAUCGAGAACGUGUUGAAGAAGCGGGCGAAGCACAGUGCGCUUCUGAGUGCACAGGGAGAGGGCGAGGCGAAAUCAAAUUCGGAGGCGAAGAGUGCUUGAAUGUGUUUGCCUCUUCUCUUCGUGUCAUAGAUCGGCGUUGGAUUAAUAAAUGCAUUGCAGGG